AUGGCACAAAACGCUAAGAAUACAGUACCUACCAAACAAAAUGAUCAAAAUCGAUCCUAUAAAAAAACGCCAACAGCUCUACCAGACAUACAAACGCUUUCAGCUCUUACUACCGAACCUUUCGUUGAUACCCAUACCCAUUUGCAUUAUACUCUCGAACGUCUUCCCAAUACAUUUGGAAUAGAAACUUUUCAAGAUCUAAAAGAACGUUACUGCCCACCCAAUUUGGAAGCUUGCAUUAACGUGCUAUGUGACCCUUUAUCGUUCAGUAGCGAUGAAGUGUUCCCCGGAACGUAUAUGGACUGGAAAGUUAUGGCGGAUACCCCAUUUAUGUAUCUUUCUGCCGGUGUUCAUCCACAUAAUGCAAAAGAUUACAAUGAUUACGUUGAGGCUCAAAUGCUCAAAAUUCUUCAACAUCCCAAAACUGUGGCAUUGGGUGAAAUCGGACUUGAUUACCAUUAUAAUAAUUCACCUAAAGAUGUGCAAAAGCAGGUUCUCAUACGACAAAUAGAACAAGCAAAAAAACUAUUGAAACCUAUUGUGAUUCACACACGUGAAGCUGAAGAAGAUACAUGGGAUAUUCUAACUAAAUAUGUUCCUAAAGAUUGGAAGAUUCAUGUACAUUGUUUCACAGAUUCUCCUAAUUUUGCAAAAAGGUUAUUAGAUUACUUUCCAAAUCUCUAUAUUGGUAUAACAGGUAUUAUUACUUAUGGAUCUGCUAAGAAUACACAAGAAGUAGUCAGAUCAAUCGUUCCAUUGAAUCGAAUUUUACUCGAAACUGAUGCUCCAUAUAUGACACCUGGUAAACUCAAUAGAAAUAAAAAAUCAAGUGACAGAAUUACUGUAUCUCAUUCAGGCAUGAUUCCUUUUAUAGCGCAAAAAAUUGCCGAAAUUACAAAAAAAGAUAUUGAUGAAAUUAUGAGAGCGGCAAGAGAUAAUACUAGAAAUAUGUAUGGCGUAUAA